GAAGAAGGUGUGUGUGUGUGUGAGGGGGACCAACACAUGUUAUUGUUACCAACUACUCCACAUAACUCACUAUCCAAUCACAUUGCCCAAUCUUGAGCUGCAUAUAAGCCAACCCAAGAUCCAACUUCAAUUCUGAAUCUGAUCAGGGAUUGACCUGCUGGAUCUGAAUUCCUGCAGGAUUCAAGUCAGAUGAAAUCUUGACUGUCCGUUCCACUAACCAGAAGCUCUUUGCCUUGGCCUAGCAGUAGCCACAGCAGCAGGAGAUCUUGCUGUGAGAGGAAGAAGAAGAGGAAGAAGAGGAGGAGGAGAGGUAGCUUUGGCCUUCUUCCUUCAGAGGAAUUCAGAAGUAGCAAUCCUUGGUAGAGACUGCCCAUGCCAGUGAGCUGACAAGAGAAAAAUGGAGAAAGAACACAUCAAGAUGGCCAUCCUGAAGCAGGAACAGACAUUCAGACAACAGGUUAACGAGCUGCAUCGCGUGUACCGAAUUCAGAAGCAACUGAUGCUGGAGAUGCAGAGCAUCUCAACCCAGGCUCAAGCAAAAGCAGACAAUAGAACCAAACCAAGAUUGGAGAUGGAUCAUCAACAAUGGUACAGAAACUCAGGGGAGAAGAAGGCCCCCUUCGUCGAAGAUUUCGACCUUGAGCUCACACUGGCAACUGGGGCUGGAAGGAAGCAGGAGAAGCCAUCCAACUCAGACUCUGGAGCAACAGUGUCGUCGUCAACUUCUGCUGAAUCAGAGCCGGAGCAGCGGUUUCCUGAGUCCAAUGUAACCAUAAGGUUUCAGAAUGAGAGCAAGAGGCAUGAUGAUCAGCUCAUGCAGUCUCCUUGGCUCUAUCAAUGUUUAAGUCUGAAGAUGGCAUGAUGACUUAGCUAUAUGGGUGGCUUGAUGAGUGUUUAAAAGCUCAAAAAUCUCAGACAAAAAUUGGCUUCUUAUAUGUAUAUGUAUAUGACAAACUAAUUCAGAGUAACUGGAGGGCUCAAAAGAGCGAAAGACAACACACACAAAAGAAAACAAGCAACAUGAAA